AAAUAAACACAGAGACGGCGUCUACAACUCCCACUUGAAGAACACAUCCCCCGCAGGCUGAGCAUCAGGCAAGACACAGCGACCGAUCCUUCCGCUGGAGAAAAACAACAAUUAUUAAGAUGAAAUUCUACGUAAUUCUCUGGUUAGCUUUUCUUCCAGACCUUUGCUACCUUCAGCUGGCAUUUGAAUACUCAGAAAACAAUGGUGCAAGUGGACCCAAAUGCACAUACACAUUUGUUGUACCACAGCAAAAAAUUACUGGGGCUGUCUGCAUCAGCACUGCCAAGUUCCCUGAAGCUUUUGGAGUAAACAGAAGUGAAGUGGAGGAACUAAAACAGGAGCUGAGCCGUCAGCAGAUUGACAUAGAAAUGCUUAAAAAAAUGGUAGAUGUUGACCAUGAGGUAGCCACUGAAAUGGAUCAUCUAACAAAAGAGAAUAGGAACAUGGGAUCCCGUCUCAGUCAUCUCCGUACCCAGUUCAUCCAUGAAGUCCACCAGAGGAACAAUAAAUCAACUGACGUCAUCCAGGAGGAGAGCAAAGGCAUCAAUGCCACUGCUGAAGUUCUCAAGUUGGCCUCCAAGUAUAAAGACCUCCAGGAAAUGUAUAAUGUCCUAGCUUCUUUAGUUAACAACCAGAGUAUUACCAUAGCACGUUUAGAGGAGCAAUGUAUUCAAACCAGUUCUCGGCACCAGGCUGAUAAGGCUACACCAUCUGAUGCUGAUCCUACUGAUGUAAAGAAGAAACAGAACCGUCAAAUCCAUGAAGAGGAAAAGGAUCACAUAACUGUCAGGAAAGAAGGUCCUCAGACACAAUCAGAUCCAGUCCCCAGUACAACACCCAGUGCCCCUGAUGUCACGGAACCAGAGGCCACCAAAUCAACAGGACCAUGGGUGGAUUGUUACGACGCCUUGCUGGGUGGACAGACGUCAAGCGGCAUCUACCUCCUAAAACCGCGUAACAGCAACCAGAUCAUGCAAGCCUGGUGUGAGCAGACAAACAAUGGAGGGGGAUGGACAGUCAUACAAAGACGACAAGAUGGAUCAAUCAAUUUUUUUACUACCUGGCAAAACUACAAGAAUGGAUUUGGUAAUUUGGACAGUGAAUACUGGUUGGGCCUUGAGAACAUUUUCUGGUUGGCCAACCAGGACAGCUACAAACUCCUGAUCCUCAUGGAGGACUGGCAAGGACGCCAAGCCAGUGCCGAAUAUGACCACUUUAAGCUGGAACCGGAGAGUGAUUUCUACAGGCUGAGGCUUGGCCAGUAUAGAGGGACAGCUGGGGACUCCUUAUCUUGGCACAAUGACAAACAGUUCAGCACCCUGGACAAGGACAAAGACUCCUACCUGGGUAAUUGUGCCCAUUUCCAGAAAGGAGGCUGGUGGUAUAACAUGUGUGCCCACUCUAACCUCAACGGAGUGUGGUAUCGUGGAGGCCAUUACCGUAGUCGCUACCAAGAUGGCGUGUAUUGGGCUGAAUUUCGUGGUGGUGCCUACUCACUAAAGAAGGUUUCUAUGCUGAUAAGGCCCAGCAAAUAGACAUCUUUUCUGUUUACAUUGUCUUCUAUAAAGAAAAAUAUAGGUCUCCAUAAAGAUUCUUCCACGAUCCCCAAAGA